CACACACACACACACACACACACGAAGCAUUAAGGUGAUCUUCAUCACCAUGACCAGCGUCUGCCUCGUCCUCAUCAGCGCCACCUUCUGUCUAUCAGCUGUUCUCUCAUGCUGUGACGAGUCGCUCGAGCGCCGCUCUGUACACACGGCCAUCAUCAAAACCCAACAGGAGAAAGACCUGAUCGAGGCUCUUCAGGCAGUUCUUGAGAAAUUAAAGAACAAACAACUACCAAACACCGCAAAGAAGUUCGGCCAACUUCCCUCUUGUGAUGCGGGUGAGCAGUGUGCAGCACGUAAGGGGGCAAGGGUGGGCAAACUGUGUGGCUGCCCCCUCGGGACCACCUGCGAUUUCUUCAUCAUGAAGUGCCUCUGAGGAUGAAAGCCUUACACAUCAAGUGUACUUCUGUACAGUUUCCCUUAAUGUGAAGUGUACACUCCUGCUGUGUUUCCCUUACAGUGAAGUGUACACACCUGCUAUGUUUCCUUUAAAUUGUACACUUCUGUACUGUUUCCCUGCAAGUGAAGUGUACACUCCUGCUGUGUUUCCCUUAUAGUGAAGUGUACAAUCCUGCUGUGUUUCCCUUAAAGUGAAGUGUACAAUCCUGCUGUGUUUCCCUUAAAGUGAAGUGUACAAUCCUGCUGUGUUUCCCUUACAGUGAAGUGUACACACCUGCUAUGUUUCCUUUAAAUUGUACACUUCUGUACUGUUUCCCUGCAAGUGAAGUGUACACUCUGGCUGUGUUUCCCUUAAAGUGAAGUGUACAAUCCUGCUGUGUUUCCCUUAAAGUGAAGUGUACACUCCUGCUGUGUCCUGUACUCUACUGCACUAUUUCCUUGAAGGUGAAGUGUACACUACUGUACU